AUCUUAUUUAAAAAUCCAAAACAGAUAUAAAUAUUGACAAUCGGGUCAAUAAUUUUGAAUUAAUAUCGAAAUACAAACAAAACGUCACACGGUUAAUUUUCCGCUAUUUCUAGUUUUUAUUAGAUUUUUUGUGAAUUUUGUUUCUCUUUUACUUUUAAUGCAACAACAUUAAAAUUCUUCUAGCUUUAAACAUUCCAUACGAUUUUUCCUUUCCCCACUCUUUCUGAACGUAUCUUCACCGCUUGUUUUCGCCUGCAUUGGCUAUUAUCGUCAUAAAAAAACGAUCAUCGAGAAGCGCGGAUCGUCUCACACCAGUCGAUCAACGCAGUGUGCUAAUAAAUGUUGUUUCUUGUGUAUCAGCAACAGCACAUCAGCAUAUCUCCAAGAUGUUUGCGAAAUUCUCGUGGAUUGCUGUGACAAUAAUUAUAGUAUUUUGCGUAUAUAGUUCCGGUCAACAAACGGUAUCGAAUCUCUGCUUAGGCUGUAUAUGCGAAGCUAGUUCAAAUUGUAAUGUUAGUUUAGGCUGUGAAGGACCGGUAUGUGGACCUUUUCUUAUAACAAAACAGUACUGGAUUGAUGCUGGCAAAAUAGAUCUUAUACGUGGCGAGCCAAGCGAUAAUGACGAUGAUGAUAGUUAUCGCAGCUGCGUCAAUGAUGUGUUCUGUGCCGGUUUGACGGUACAAGCUUAUAUGUCCAAAUUUCGUCGAGAUUGCACUGGAAAUGGAAUAAUUGACUGCAAUGAUUAUGUGCGUCUUCAUCGGUUUGGCGCAAGUGGCUGCACUAAGUCGUUACACAAAAUUUAUGAGAGGAUGUACAAAACAUGUAUAGAAGUUUUUGAAAAAGAAAAUUGAUGUUCUAAAACUCAUUUUUUUUAAUUUUUACUUUUGCGAUUUUUUCGCGAUCGGGGAUUCGCUGUAACCUCAGCGCAUUUAAUCGGUUGUCGAAUUCAUAGUUUUCGCUCUUUGAAGUAAAAACAAUUACUGAACAUAUUUCAAACAUUGUAGAACAUUAUAGAAAUACAGCAGCUUGCGAGAGAGAGAGAGAGAGAGAGAGAGACGCUGUAUUUCUAUGUUCUACAAUGUUUGAAAUAUGUUUAGUAAUUUUUUAUACUUAGAGGUGAGAUCACGCGAAAGAAAAUAAUUAAACAAUAGAAAGAUGAAUAAAACAUGUGUGUUACAUUACAACCUAAUAACAAUUAUGUAUAUACAAUAAUAAUAUACAUAACAUAAUAGCAAUCCAUCCAUUAUGUAAUAUAUGUAGAUAUGUAUCCGUAUAUAAUAGAAGAUUUAUUGUGAAUUUUUAUCAAAUAUUUCAGAUACAAUCAUUUAGCAACUUAA